AUGUCUUUAGAGGCCGAAGAAAGAGUGGUUGAUAAGGAGUAUUUAGCGCUGCUUGAAAACAAAUUGAAGGCUUUAAAGGAUCCUAAGAAAGCAACUGCAAAACAGUUUCUCAGUGAUAUUGCCACUUAUAGAGAUCAGCAGCUUUUCAAGUUAAUAACAUCUGGGAUUCCUGCCCAGUCCGGUUUUGACGACGACUUCGCGGAUAUAGUUAUCACACCAAACUACUUAAGGAGAGUAAUAGCUCCUCAAACUUGUGCUAUCAAUAAAUUGGAGCUAGUUCAUUUGGUCGAGAGUGAUCACGUUCAGAAUUUGCUUUCGCUUCGACAUUUUAUUUCACAAAUUCGUCCACCGCCUUCGCUUUAUCGCUCAUCAAGUUUGCUCAUUGUUGAAAAUUGA